AUGAAUUCUUCUUCUUCUUCUGUUCCUUUUUCUGCUCCUCUUCAAGAAAAGUACGAUGUGUUUCUUAGUUUCAGAGGUGAAGACACACGCGAUACUUUUACCAGCCAUCUUCACAAGGAUUUACUUCGGAAGAACAUUGACACCUACAUAGAUCGCAGGCUCGAGAGAGGAGAUGAAAUUGCUCCUGCCCUUCUAAAAGCAAUCGAGAGAUCGAAAAUUGCACUAGUCAUUUUCUCAGAAGACUAUGCUUCUUCCACAUGGUGUUUGAAAGAACUUGUGCAUAUACUUGGAUGCAAGAAAAGCCAUGGACAGAUUGUUAUACCCAUUUUUUAUCGCAUAGAUCCAUCACAUGUACGAAAACAGCAGGGAACUUGUGCACUUGAAGAUCGUCCACUUAAGCGCAGUAGGGAUGAGGUGGCCAACUGGAGGGCUGCUUUGGAGGAAGCAGCCAAUAUGUCUGGGUUUCCUUAUUCCAGCAGAACAGGGAGGACAGAGGCCGAUUUUGUUGAGGAAGUUGUCCAAGAUGUUUUGACCAAAUUGAAUCGGGAAUCGUCAAGUGAUUUGAGGGGCCUGUUUGGAAUUCAAAGGAAAAUUGAGAAAAUUGAGUCGUUAUUAUGCUUGGAUACACCAGGUGUUUGCUGUGUAGGUAUUUGGGGCAUGGGUGGUAUUGGCAAGACCACCCUCGCUGAUGCUGUAUUUCACAGGCACUCCUCUAAAUUUGAAGUUUGUUGUUUUCUUGCAAAUGUCAGGGAGAAAUCAGAAAAAACGGAUGGACUAAAUGAGUUGCGAAAUACACUUGUUCGUGAAUUAUUGAAGGAUAAAGAUGUAAAUAUCAACACUCCGUCUAUUCCACCUCAUAUUCAAGAUAGGCUCAGGCGUACAAAGGCGUUCAUUGUUCUUGAUGACGUGAAUGCUCGAGAACACCUAGAAGUUCUUGUUGGUGAUGAUGAUCGGUUUUGCCAAGGAAGUCGAAUCAUUAUAACUGCUAGAGAUAAAGGCCUACUUGAGCAAAAAGUUGACCAAGAAAAGAUAUACAGUGUUGAGGGAUUAGGUUCUGAUGAAGCUCUUGAGCUCUUUCACUCGCAUGCUUUUGGAAAUAAGUCCCCAACAACAGAUUACACUGAGUUGUCAAGAGAGGUGGUGGAUUAUAUUAAGGGCAUUCCAUUAGCUCUUAAAGUUAUGGGGUCCUCAUUCCGUCGUUGCAAGAGCAAACAAGAGUGGGAAGUUCAAUGGAAAAAAGUGAAACAAUUUCCAAACGAAGAAAUCGAUCAAGUGUUGAGAAUAAGUUACGAUGGAUUAGGAAAAAAUGAGAAGGAGAUAUUUCUUGAUAUAGCAUGUUUUCAUAAAGGCUAUUUGAGGAAAGAUGUAGAAAUAAUUUUAGAUAGUUGUGAUUGCUUUGGGGAAGUGGGAAUCAAUGAUCUUAUUGAUAGGUCUCUCAUAUCAAUUUCACAAGAUAUGAGGUUUAAAAAAUUGGGAGAGGCAUCCUCAGGAGGACAGAUAGUAGAGAUGCAGUCAGUAGAACGGAUAGAGAUGCAUGAUUUGGUGCAGGAAAUGGGUAGGGCAAUUGCUCGAAAACAAGGCAGUAGGUUGUUUAAUGCAGAUGAUGUCUAUAAAGCGUUGACAAAUAACCAGAGAGAUGGACGUGUUCAAGCCAUAUCCUUUGACAUGGAUAAGAUUGAAAAGCCACGCUUGAAAGAUGCAAACUUCAAAAAGAUGUAUCAACUCAGAUGGCUACGUGUUAGUUCUCCAGAUCGUUGGAGUGGUUCUCUUCAUCUUCCCAAUUCUCUUAGAUAUCUUGACUGGGUGGGAUAUCCUUGGGAAUCUUUGCCAUCAAAAUUUUCUGCUCAAAAUCUUCUUGCCCUUGAUACGCCGCACAGUGACUUUGGGGUGCUACUGUGGAAUGAAGACCAGAGUCCAGUGAACGUAAAACGUAUCGAUCUUCAUUUCUGCCCAUAUCUAACUGAAGUCCCAAAUCUCUCUCAGUGUCUAAAUAUUGAGCAUAUAAAUCUGGAAGGCUGUGGAAGUUUGGUUGAAAUUCCUUCGUAUUUUCAACAUCUUGGCAAGCUUACUUAUCUUCACCUUGGGCGGUGCGGAAAUCUCAAAAGUCUUCCCGAGAUGCCAUGCAAUCUUGAAAUCUUAAAAUUGUCUAGGACAGCAAUAGAGGAAUUGCCUUCAUCAGUUUGGUCUCACGAAAAAAUAUCUCGCUUAGAUAUUGAAUAUUGUAAACACCUUAAGAGUCUUCCAAGCAGCACUUGUAAACUGAAACUCUCGAGUUCUUUUAGUCUAAAGGGCUGCGAAUCUCUUUGCGAGUUUUGGGAGCUUCCCAGGGAUACAACAGUGCUAGAGUUUAGUAGUACAACAAUAAAAGAAUUGAGGAAUGAAUCAAUAGAGUCUGUUGUUGGUCUCACUGCAAUUAAACUGACCAAUUGCAAAAGCCUUGUGAGUCUCCCAAUGAACAUUUGGAAGUUGAAAUAUCUGGAGAGCCUUAAUCUCAGUGGUUGCUCUAACUUUCAACACUUCCCAGAAAUCUCAGAGGCUAUGGAACAUCUGGAGUUUCUAAAUUUAUCAGGUACAAUGGUUAAAGAGGUACCCAAAUCAAUUGGAAAUCUAGUUGCGCUUCGAAAAUUACACAUGGUUGGUUGAGUGCAGUAUACAAGAAAUCCCUGAUGACCUUUUUUGCUUAACCUCAUUACAAGAGUUAAAUCUAAGUUUGACCGAAAUUAUAAGCAUACCUGCAAGCGUCAAACAAGCUCUCAACUAUCUCGCUUGUGCCUCAACGGUUGUGAGAGCCUUGAAUCUUUACCAGAGCUCCCCCCAUUAUUGCAACGUCUUGAAGCACUGCACUCGCACAAGGUUGGGAAAAAAAUAUAUUUUCUCGAGGGCUUCAUGAGAAACAUAUAUUUUCUGAUUGCAGAAAGUUGGAUGAGAAUGCACGAAGCAACAUAUUCGGUGAUGCACAACUCAGAAUUAUGCGAAUGGCAACUGCGUCGUCAGAGUUUAAAGAAGACAAAAUUGAACAACCAUCAUAUGAUUCAGAUUCAUAUGGAAGCUAUGAUGAUUUUGUUGAGGAACUUUUACGCCAAAGAUCUUUC